AUGAAUCGACGUAAGCCCCUACAUGGAGACUGCUUAGAUACUCCACUAAAUCGCUGCCUAACUACUUUUGAUAUCACACUAUUGGGAGUAGGACAUAUGGUUGGAGCUGGAAUAUAUGUUUUAACGGGGACUGUGGCUCGUCAUAUGGCUGGCCCAGCAACGGCUCUCAGUUUCUUAUUCGCUGGUAUAACGUCGACCCUCGCAGCUUUAUGUUAUGCGGAGUUCGGAACUAGAAUACCCAGGGCCGGGAGUGCUUACGCCUAUACAUACGUCAGCAUUGGCGAAUUUUGGGCUUUCAUUAUUGGUUGGAACAUUGUUUUAGAAUAUAUGAUAGGUGCGGCAUCGGUGGCUAGAGCCUGGUCGGGUUAUUUAGACGAAAUGUUCGACGGGGCGAUAAGCAAUGCGACCAUAUCUGUAACUGGUGAAAUGCACGAAACGCUUCUGAGUCGAUAUCCUGAUGUGCUAGCCUUUCUGAUUUGCAUAGUUGCAUCCCUCAUAUUGGCUGUUGGCGUUAAAACGUCUGCAUACAUUAAUAACGGUCUCACUAUUUUAAACCUAUUGGUUAUAACUCUUGUAAUUUUCCUAGGUUUCUACUACGCCGAUAUUACCAACUGGUCGCAGAAAAAUGGGGGUUUUAUGCCGUAUGGAUUCAGUGGUGUACUGGCUGGUGCUGCAACAUGUUUUUAUGCUUUCGUCGGGUUCGAUAGUAUCUCUGCCUCCAGCGAGGAGGCGAAAGACCCGUCCCGGUCUAUCCCCAUAGCAACUAUAUUGUCCAUGGGUAUGGUCGCUUUUGGUUACAUUCUUGUUGCUAUUGCCCUGACCCUCAUGGUGCCGUAUAAUACUAUCAAUCCUGACGCCGCGUUGCCUGCCGCAUUGGGUGCAGUUCACGCCGACUGGGCGAAAUACGCGGUUGCAGUUGGGGCGGUCUGUGGAAUGACAACCACCUUAUUAGGAUCAUUGUUUUCUUUGCCUCGUUGUUUAUACGCAAUGUCCGUUGAUGGCCUAUUGUUCGGUUUCCUGAGCGAUAUGAGCAAUAACAAGUCCCAAAUCCCGAUAUCCAAUCUCGUUAUUUCCGGAUUUUCAUCGGCAUUGAUAGCCCUGUUAUUCGAUUUGGAGAAAUUGGUCGAGUUCAUGUCAAUUGGCACGCUCCUUGCGUACACUAUUGUAAGUGCCGCCGUGAUAAUUCUGCGAUACAGGCCGGCCCCAACCGUGGAUGAGAAAAGCUUUGGAGUUCCACAACUGGAUUCACCAUGUGAUCGCGAAGACAGCUCUGCAACUGGCACUCCAGGAACCGACGGAGGAUCUUCGUCUUCCGAGAUGUUCGAGGCGUUGACAGUGGGUCGUCUGCGGCCGCAGUAUGCGUGGUUGGAGCCGCUGGCUGGUGGCAGAGCGCCCGGAAGCGCAGUAUCGGGUUGCGUGUACGUUUUCACCGCGGCCGCCGCAGCCCUCUGCGUACACAACCACUUUCUGGCGGAACCCGCCGGUCUCUGGGCGCUUCUACCGGACUUUAUAUUGAGCUUCAUCAUAAUUGCAUGUCUGUUCGUGAUCUGGGCGCACCAGCAGAGCCCUGCCCGACUGCCGUUCCGCGUUCCCUGGGUACCGCUGUUGCCCGCCGCUAGCGUCAUGCUCAACGUCGAGCUAAUGGUCAACUUGAAGGCACUCACAUGGGCGCGCUUCGCGAUAUGGAUGACUAUUGGCCUGCUGCUUUACUUCCUGUACGGGAUCCACCACAGCAAGCUGGGCGAGGGCGUGACCGGUCUGCUGUCGCGCUCUGGCAGCGGGGGCGGCCACGGCGGCGGCUGGGGCGCGGUGGACAAGACGAGCGCGAUAGCCCGCCGCGUGGGGCGUCUAGCGCGCGGCUCGAAGGGCGACGACCGCAGACCGAUCAUAUGCGACGACGAGCUCGCCAGGCGCGAGCCG